CGACAGAUAUUCGCCGUCGAACUAUGGCUGACAGUUUUUGCUAUUUCAAGAUAGCGGUUGCGUGUGUGACGACGGUGUGUGCCGAGUGUCGCUGAACCUGAAACAGCCUGUCCGCCGCUGCUUUUAUUUUCGUGCAAAGUGAAUCCUGCUCUACUCGAGAUGUCCGAGGUUCCAGCACCGAUGAUUCACAGUCAAACAGCCGGUAGCUUGCUCCUGCCACAAAUACACAACUCUGCUGACAGUUCACCGAACGUCUCUCCGGCUGGUUCUUCUAUUGAAUCCCCGAUCAGUUCACCGCUAAAGUGUGUCUCGUUUUUCAUCACCGCCUGCUUCUUUGCAUCGAAUUUGGCACCGUCCAACGCCAUGUAUUCAUACUACGUAACCAAAAAUUGCUUGGAGAGAACCGAAAGCGGUUGGAAAAUGUCGGUGAACAUAAACCUGCGUGGGAAGAUGUUCUUGGCCGCAUAGACCAGCCAAGAUUGCUUUCUGUCGGGAUAGAUGUUAUGAUAUAUGUAUACGUGUAUAUAUAUGUUUAUCAUAAAAUAACACAUUAAAACGUGCAGAAUGUUAUUCGAUAGAUUAUCUCUUUUGUUGCUACACUGAUGCGGAAACUAUACGUUUGUCUUUACUCCUUGCGAAUAUGUAUCUAUGAAGAAUAACUUGUUCGAAUAAACGUCUACAUAUACUCUGAAAUAUCUUGACAUAAAAUUUUUAUUUUGUCUCAAAAUGUGAAUUUCAUGCUGUUCCAAAUUAGGAUGAAAAUAAUAACAAUAUUCAUAAUAAUAAUCAAGCGGUAUUCGCACAUUUUCCAGCUUCCGUUUUAUUUCUGUUCUCAACUUGCUAUAUUCAGGU